UAAUAAUAAAUGCUUUAGAAGUAUUGUUCAUUGUUAGAAGUUUAUAUUAGCCAAUGAAUUAACUAAUGUUAACAACUACAUCCUUAUUGUAAAGUGUCACCAGAAUAUUUAAUGCACAAUGGUUUAAAGUCAACAAUGCGACUCGCCUGUCUGCUUGAAGGAAUUUGCAAAGCAGUGCUGACCUUGUUAUUUGGUAUCCAGGGAUACGAGGUUGUAAAGGAGGCGCUGUUGUCUGAAUGUUUACAGGAGGUUUGCUUACAAAGCUAACUUACUGUAACUAAUUUCAAUUUAAAUCGAUACAACCAGAAAGAGUUGUGAUCGCUUGCAUUUCCACAUUUUAACACUUGCAAAGUGUUGAAGACAGGAAUAUUGUUUUAAAAAAGAACCACCGGGAAGCAUACAAGAAUGACGUCUGUGGAAUUUAAAACUAAUCUCAAAUCGAAAUCCCGCGGGAAUCCGGAUAUUUUUAAUCAAUGGCAGAUGAGUGGAGGUGAAUACAGACUGUCGCUCUCUGACGCCGCGGAUACCAGAUUCAGCGCGUGGACUCCUAUUACAAACAAAGCGUGUAACCAUCAGCUUUUUCAGGAAAGGACGACACUUAUCCUACACUGGUUUGACCUCUGGACAGACCGUCAAAGAAAAGAGUUUAUGUUUCAACUGCUGAGAAGAUGCUCCAAAACCCAGCUCAAGUUCACCAGUGAUUGUUUAACAGAAGCGGUUCCCGUCACUCGACUGGAUUUUACAACUGUGCUGCCCCGCUUCCUCUCUCUGUACAUUAUGGCUUUUCUCAGUCCCCGAGACAUCUGUGCUGCAGCACAGGUGUGCUGGCACUGGAGGUUUCUGGCAGAGCAGGACUGUCUUUGGUCUCCGAAGUGCAUUCGCCUAGGCUGGUUUCUUCCCUACAGUCCAUCAGAUCAUGAAUACGGUGCCUGGAAAAGACAUUAUGUGGCCUGUGCCGCCACUUUGGAUAUUUUGACACCACGGGCAGCAGCAGAUGUCUAUGGUACUUUAAAUGAGAGUGUAACUGCAUCAGAGGAGCAGGAGGAGAGAUGGAGAGAGCUUAUGAUUAAAGAAACUAUCAGAGAGAAGAUAGCCGAGCAUAAAAAGGCUUUUCUGAAGACCAGGAGGGCGUGGUUAAACACCAGUAAAUUGGGCACAUCACUUACUGGAACCAUUAACAGUCAACCACUGAGUCUUUCUGCUGCUCUUGUUAAUUUAGGGGACCAGUGUCGAUUGAAGAAUCCACCCUCUAAUGUAGAAACAAGACAAUCUUGGGAUGGUUUAAUGAUUAGCAGAGCUCCUGACACCAGAUACACCACCAGUUUAGUGAAAACUCCAACUAUGAGUUUACCGUUCAACAGACCAGUCAGGUCCGCCUACUGUCCUCUUCCUCACUUCCUGCUUGUGUCAUCCAAAGUUCCAGGAUAUGAACUGCUUCUGGCUGCCGUACAAGUGUCUGUGAUAGUUUUGCCAUAUGAUUCACAAGGAAUGACAUUGGAGGCUUUGCUGUCUUUGUCAGAAAAAGCUAUCCAGGGCAACAUGCUACAAAGUGUUGGCAUUGUGGCAGAAGGAAGCGCAGAUGAGUUUAUGCUCACUGAAGGACUGAGUAUUAGUGUGAAGACAGUGCUAAAGCCAUGUGUGAGAGAGUUUUGGGAGAAGCUCUGUGGCUGGGUUGUUCCUGCCUCUGAUGGAGGGAGUCUGAACAUCUUUGCUCCUCUGGCAGCUUCUGUUGCAGGUACAGAUCUGAUGAAGAUAUUGUCCUCUAUGACUGGUUUGAAUGUCAGGGCCCCUACUGGGAUCUGUACCGGCUCCUACCAACACAUUCUUAGUGAGUGGUCUGGGUCUGGUGACGUUCCUCCAUUGAUAUAUCUUCAUGAAGCUGGUCUUCUGAGCUGGUGCAGACAGGCUGAAUGGAUAGAGGAGGCUUGUAAAGGACUGCGGAAACAGCUAGGGCCACAGCUUCACUUUCUGUGUCAAAAGAUUAGGAGCCGUAUCCUGGGUGUGUUCCUCUGGGAUCAUAUUAAGAUGCCUGUCAUCUCUUUUAAGUCUGAGAUCAUGGAGUGUUUGAUUCAGGGACUGGUCGCAUUGGUGAAUGAAUCCCCUGAUAAUUCCUUAGACUUUUUGGGAAGCUUUCUACUAAAGAAAUCAGUCAAGGAUGGUCUGAAGGAUACAGAGCCACUGUUUCUUACAGAAAGCACUUCAUCUAAUGUCAUUAGCCCCAUCCCUGAGUUUCCAAAGGGCUUGAUAAGUGAUGCAGACCGGCGCGGUGGCGUGUGCGGGGAGCUUUUAAAUAGUGAGAGAGCGUACGUGAGGCAGCUUCAAGCAGUGUCCACGGUUUACUACACUCCUCUCAGAGCCGCCUUGGACUCGAACCGAGCCAUUAUCAGCUCUGUCAGUCUCAUCACAAUCUUCUGCCCCCUGCUGGACAUUUUGGAGGCAAACAAUCUUUUUCUGACAGAACUUCAGGAGAGAUUGCAGGAAUGGGGUCCACUGCAGUGCGUGGGUGAUGUUUGUGUCAAAUUCUGCACCAAGUUACGAGCCUACACAAACUUUUUCAACAACUACCCGACCAUUCUGAAAACUAUAGACAAGUGCAGAGAGACUCUUCCUGUAUUUCGCAUGUUUAUGAAGAGACACGACAGGAGUGUUGCUACCAGAAUGUUGAGUCUUCAGGAGUUGUUUCUUGCACCGUCUGCACGGGUGGAGGAGUAUGUGACUUUGUUUCAAGCUUUAACACUUCACACACCACCUGAACACCCCGACUACACACAGUUAUCAUCUGCCUUCAACACAAUGUUGACUUACCGGAGUUUCAUUCAAAAGUUGAAAUCGAGCUUGAACCAAGAUCUGAAAAUCCUUGAGGCACAGAAUACAAUUCAAAGCUGCCCGAAUUUGUUGGAGGGGAGCAGAUAUUUGAUCACAACACAGGAAGUGGCAUUACUGACCUGCCUAAAUGGAGACAUCACUACCUCUCUCAGGAUGUAUGAGCAUGUGAGUGACCUGGGAUUAUUUCUGUUUAAUGACGCUUUAGUGCUGACGGAGAAGAGUGUGUCACAUGUACCAUUCAGUCUGGCAGUAAAUACGACCCACACCUUCCUGGCCUCGGUUGCACUGCAUUGUCUAAACCUCACAGAAAUCAUUGACACAAAGUAUGUUCAGAACGCUUUUCAGCUGGAGAGUCCAAAGCGCCAAUGGAUUUGUGCUACAGACAGAGAAGAGGACAAGAUCAAGCUACUGUCUGCUUUAAACAGUGCUAUAAAUGCUGCUAUUACACGUAACUAAAGAUAGACAUGACACAUUAUUUACCUUAAAGCAGUAAUUCUCACUAGUGGUCC